AUGCAGACCGUGAUACGUCAAAGCUUUAGAAAGUCAUAUUUAUCAACACGGAUAGCCUUUAAACCAUGUCAACUGAGACGACUUUCUUCAUCUAACCUCAGUAUCCGAUGGGGUCCUCAAGAUCCUCCUCUUUAUAAUGGCACAAUUCCAGAGCAUUUUGCCUCAGUCGUCUCAGCACACGGCGACCGCGAAGCAGUCAUCGCCCGCACCCCAACCCCUCACUCUCACGAGUCAACACUAACAUACUACGCUCUUGACUCUCUAUCCAACAGCCUCGCUCACUCGCUCUCCUCCCUGGGUGUCCGCAAAGGUGACCGUGUCGCCGUUUCUCUUGGUAACGGUCCUGAAUUCGCAGCUUUGACAUAUGCUUGCUUCAAGCUCGGCGCCAUCCUCGUACCGUUGAAUCCAGGCUUCAAUGAGCACCAAGUUAUAGCGGCUCUAAAGCACUUGGCUAUCAAGACGCUCAUCAUCGGUGCCGUGACAGAUCUGGCGUAUAAGCCUGGACGCGGAAGAAGUAAUGAGCAUCUUCUUCGGAGCGUGGUGGGGGAUGUUUCGGCGUCAAAGAUCCAGAGCGAAGCUGUCCCCUCUUUGUGCAACGUUGUGGUCUUUGAUAACCUCGCGUGCCAUCAGGAUGUCAAAUUUGACCUAAAGGGGUGUCGAGCGUUUACCCCUUAUUCUUCUCUGGUCGACGGUUCGGUUAACUCUGUGACGCCUGAUUCUCCCUUGGAGGCGAGCGAUGUUAUCAAUAUCCAGUUUACAUCAGGGACUACUUCGAUGCCAAAGGCGGCCAUGCUUUCGCAUCGUGCUAUUCUCAACAACGGUGCUUUGAUAGCGCAUCGAAUGGGCCUUCAUGCAGAUGAUCGUGUAGUUGUGCCUCCUCCGCUAUUUCACUGCUUUGGUUGUGUGUUGGGAUACAUGGCGACGGCUACUACAGGUGCUGGUAUUCUCUUCCCCAGUCCGGCUUUUGAUCCCGAAGCCACUUUACGCAUGGUCGUCGAUCACGAAGCUACCGGUCUUUAUGGUGUGAAUACCAUGUUGGUUGCUGUUCUCGAGGCCCUCAACCGAGGAGACGUCGUUCCUCAUGACCCCAAACAUCUGCGCAAGGGCAUUGUAGCCGGUAGCAGCGUGCCACCUUCUCUCAUGAGCACGUUGCAUAAGCGUCUCGGUCUUGAAGACCUCGUUAUUUGCUAUGGUAUGACCGAGACAGCCCCUGUGAGCUGCAUGACCAGUCCUUCAGAUCCAAUCGAUAAGCGUACUUCAUCCAUCGGCAAGGUCAUGCCUCACACGGGACUCAAGAUCGUCGAUCCCUUGGACCACAGCAAGAUACUCCCCAUCGGAAAACGAGGUGAGCUGGCUACGGCAGGAUACCUCGUUAUGGAGGGAUACUACGGCGACGAGGCCCGCACAUCUGAAGUCCGCGUACCAGAUCCUGAAGACGGAACAGUAUGGAUGUACUCUGGUGAUGAGGCCGAGAUGGAUGAGCAAGGCUACGUCCAAAUCACAGGACGCAUCAAAGAUCUUAUUAUCCGCGGCGGAGAGAACAUCCAUCCGUUGGAAGUAGAAGACUGCCUCCUGACUCAUGAAGGUGUUCGAGAAGCUAGCGUGAUAGGUGUCCCUGACGAGCGAUAUGGUGAAGCAGUGGCAGCCUUUGUCAUUCCAGCACGAGGAUGGACGCCAUUAGAUCAUAUGGAGGACGUAUCCUCGAAUGAGGUGAAGGCUGACGAGGAUGGUGUUUUGACGAGAGACGGCUUGAGGCAAUGGGUUGCGACGAAGCUGUCCAAGCAUCUCGUGCCCAAGUACGUCUUCUGGAUCGAUGAGUAUCCAAAGACACCAAGUGGAAAGGUCCAGAAGUUCAAGUUGAAGGAAUAUGCAAAGGAGAUCCUGGGAGAUGAGGGCGACAAGGCAUAG